AUGUCAAAUCUGCGUCGCAGCUACAAGGCAUCGACAUCUAUUCAGGACGCAACCGCUUUUCUACUUAUAAUAGAUCAGCGUUUUAUACUCAUCGGAUUACAGACAUCAAAAAAUCUUUAUAGGCCUAAUUUCUGAGCCAGCAAUUGACGUCAGAUCAACCUCCAUGAAUGACGUUGAUAAGACAUAAAACGUAAAAAUGUUUGGUCUGAAGCUUUAGCUUGUAACGUGCAUGCCUUUUUGGUUUUUUAAACAAUUCAUAAUUAUCGCUUUUUUUACAAUGCUUUUUUUCUUUACAAUGCUACAGAGAUAGUCAUAACAUGGAUGUCUAUGGACAUGUAUGGAUUUUCAUUGCUUCUUCCAUCUUCGGCAUUGCUUUUGUUGAAGUUUAAAAAUCCUAAGUCAAUGGCUGAUCAUCAAGGCACCUGUCCAAUCUGACUGAGUCAAUCAUUUGUUGAACGUCCAGGGGUCAGAAAGAUAGAAGUCCUGUCAUGUAUUUCUUCCACCGGUGAACUCAGCCAGGUGAUUUCUCUAAUUAGUUCUACCUCCUGGUUGAAGGGCUGAGCUAAUGAGCAGAUCCAGGUGACUGGAACAAAAUGCCAGGGAGGACUUUUUCUUUCUGAACCUGGAUUUUUCACACCUCUGGAUUCAAUUACUGAUUUGACUGACUGACCAACGAUGCAGGCCAUCUGUGAUUUACAGUACAGGGUGGGAAAUAGCGUUGGCGGACAACCGAAAGGGUGAGUUAACUCUGCUGUCGCCCAGUGAGUAUCAGCUGCACUGGCAGGAAGACUCUGCUGAGGUGUUAAAGCGGAAGUGUGUAAAUAUCUCACAGGGCGAACACGGAGGAAGUAGGCCUGGAAUGAGACGACAGACCGCUGGCCGCCCCAUUAAUUUCCUGUCCUGGAGGAUUUCAGUCAAUGGGAUCAGGUCCCCUGCAAAAAUAGUCGUAAAUUGUGCUCUGAAAAUGUUAUUUUGGUUUUCAGGAAGAGGUAAAUGUUUGAAUGAAUGUCACUUCAAAAGCUGUUAGGUGGAAAUCUCAGACAUACACCGGAUUAGCUGGCCUUGGUGAUGUUGGGUCCAGUGUACUGAACCAAAUGCUUUAGCUGUUCUCAUUUUGACUUGACAGCGACUUCAGUGGCUCUCCAAUACAAUUCAGUCAUACACUAGAAUGGAGUUUUGAGAUGACUAUGCUGGAGUCAUUUGUAAGAAACCUUCUGUGUAUGUCAUUAUUACAAAUAUAUUAAAAAGUUAGCUGUUAAUACACUUUUGUUAUGCAUGCUCAUUCCAUAAGUUACACUACACUAUGCGCAAAAUACAAUCUGAUGUAUGUAAUAGUUAUAUAUUUGCAAAACAAGGGGUAACCUCCAAAUCUGAAGGCAGUUCCUAUGAUUCAUGAAAGUGUGAAGAUUCACUGUGUUCUUUUAACUAGAAACCAAUAAUGAAACUGCAGCAGGGAAGCGUAUUGGUAGGUGUAUAGGUAAGUGACAGAGUGAAAUACUUUACCAGUUUGUUUCAAGAGUGAAAUUUAAUCUGCAGAGCAUGUGUAGCCAAAAGCAGCCUCACCUGGAUCAUGGACUCUGCAACACUGAGUGAGAGCCCCUCAACCCCCUUAAGACUUCUGGUCAGUUAGGAACAGGGUCCGUUUGUGGAACUGUAACCCGGCUAUGUAGGAGUUCUGACAAACAGACAAAGUGGGUGGGAUUUCGCAAGUUCUUUUUUUAAGCGGCAAUAUCCGGUGUUGAUCCUCCUCCAGGUCAAUAUCAUUCACAUCACAUGCCCCAGCUUUGUGACAAUGUGGGAGGGUGUGUGGGAACACAGAACACCCCUUUAAGUCCUCCUACCUGAGUACAUCUCCGAGGAACACAGGAGCAUAUCUCCCAGUCUAAAAAAGCUUCAUGGUGCUUUCUUAUUAUAUCCAUCCACUUUCACUCGGCCAUUCAUUUAUGUCAUUAUGUCGUGGUUUCAUUAUUAAUGUUUCUAUUGAGAUUUAAUUACAAAGCAACUUAAACAGUGACAUUAUUCCUCUGAACAGAGAAAGAGAAAAACUCCUGUAAAGAAAGAACACUUGGUAGAUCAGGCUGUCUUACAAUGGAGGGUGUGGUGAAAUCCUCCAGCUCUAAUUCCAUCAACAACGAGGCCCAGUGGUCAUAACAUUUACCUGUGAGCUGUCCUAAAGCCAUGUAAGCUCAUCUGUCAGCGUUCUGACUGACAGACGGUUGGAUGAAUGGCGCGCGCCGAGCUUCUGUGCCGUGGCUCAGUCUGGGCAUCUGGUUUCUCCGCGGUGUGCGUGCUAUGCGAUAGCCCCGGUCCUGUUCCAGGGUUUAGAACGAACGCGAGUGCCGCGUGCCUUGCGCGAACACUAAAACGGUUUUCUAGCGUUUUCUUUCCGAUUCAACUCGCGUUGGUCGUUAUGGAAAUCGAAGGAGACUGAUUGUGAAUUCUUUCCCCCCUUUGUCUCUCGGAUAAUUCAUUUUUUCUUGCAAGUAUGAAGGCAGUGGUUUUUAUUAUAGGUUUGAGCAUGCUCCUGAAAGGUAAGGAUUUGUUCCCUUGUUAAUGGGACUAUUCUUUAGUUAAUAUCAAAUCUUAAAGUUAAUGUUACUUUAGUUAACUUUAAUUCCAAAUUCUUUUUAUUCAUGGGUAACAAUGGUCAUUACUGAUCUGUACAGAUACUAUGUGUAUGCUUUAAGUCAAGCUAUUGUUUGUAUAUUGUGUUCAACGUGACCAUUACAUUAAAUGCUAAUAAUAUUUAUUGUGAUUUUAAUCUUAGAAAUGCAUUUUGCUAUCUAUUUUAUAUAGGCUUAUUUGUGACUAUAUUUGAAAGCAUUCUCUUGCAUGCCAAAGAUCCACUUUUAUGACUGGCCUCUCAGAACUUAUGUGGGUGAAAUACAUUAGUAUAACACACUGCGAAGCACAUUGAGCAGCUACGCUGUAUUAAAGGCAGUACAUCAAGUUUUUAUCUUUAUUAUGAAUUAUUUUGUGUUGUUUGUUAAUCCCUCUGCGUGCGCCUUGUGCGGGUUCUGCCGCGUAGUUUCCCGCUCAGCUCAGGGGAAGUACGCUCAGAAGCUGCUGAACGACCUGAUGGAGAACUACUCCAGUGCCCUGCGGCCCGUGGAGGACACCGACAAGGCGCUCAACGUCACCCUGCAGAUAACCCUCUCCCAGAUCAAGGACAUGGACGAGAGGAACCAGGUGCUGACGUCAUACCUGUGGAUCAGGCAGGUCUGGCACGACGCCUACCUGAAGUGGGACAGGGACGCCUACGACGGGCUGGAGGUCAUCCGUAUUCCCAGCGACCUGGUCUGGAGGCCGGACAUUGUCCUCUAUAACAAGGCUGAUGACGAGUCCUCAGGACCGGCUGACACCAACGUGGUCCUGCGCUACAACGGCGAGAUCACCUGGGACUCCCCCGCCAUCACCAAGAGCUCCUGCGUGGUGGACGUGUCCUACUUCCCCUUCGACGACCAGCAGUGCAACCUCACCUUCGGCUCCUGGACCUACAACGGCAACCAGGUGGACAUCGCCAUGGGGAUGGACAGCGGGGACCUGUCGGACUUCGUGGAGAACGUGGAGUGGGAGUGCCACGGGAUGCCCGCCGCCAAGAAUGUCAUCAUGUACGGCUGCUGCUCGGACCCGUACCCGGACAUCACCUACACCCUGCUCCUCAAGCGCCGCUCCUCCUUCUACAUCUUCAACCUGCUGCUGCCCUGCGUGAUGAUCUCCUUCCUGGCCCCGCUGAGCUUCUACCUGCCGGCCGACUCCGGGGAGAAGGUGUCCCUGGGCGUGACGGUGCUGCUGGCCCUCACCGUCUUCCAGCUCAUGGUGGCUGAGAGCAUGCCUCCCUCAGAGAGUGUGCCCCUCAUCGGGAAGUAUUACAUUGCGACAAUGAUCAUGAUCACGGCCUCCACAGCCCUCACCAUCUUCAUCAUGAACAUCCACUUCUGCGGUGCUGAGGCCAAGCCCGUCCCACACUGGGCCAAGGUGGUCAUCAUCAACUACAUGUCCAAGAUCUUCUUUGUGUACGAGGUGGGCGAGAACUGCACCACCCCCCAGCGCGAGAGGAUUCCCGUGCACACGGAGGACCCCCUGGGCAACGGAAGCCUGUACGGGAGCCACCAUCGCCAGGACGACGGCCACUACAGCUGCCCGCAGCAGCAACACCGGCAUCAUCACCACGGCAACAGCGAAAAGAAGGCCAAAGCCCUCCCCAACGGCGACGGAAAGUGCCGCCCCAUUGGCCGCGAUGGCAGCUACGAGCCCAACGGCGUUGUGAACGGUGGGCCGAAGGACGAGCUGCCGUACCCGGAGAAGGUCGCCCCCUACUGGCAGGCCUGUGCCUGCGGCCGCCACCAGAAGCUGGUGAGGAACGUGGAGUACAUCGCCAACUGCUUCCGGGAGCAGCGAGCCAACUGCGUCAAGGGCGCCGAGUGGAAGAAGGUGGCCAAGGUCAUGGACCGGUUCUUCAUGUGGAUCUUCUUCGCCAUGGUCUUCCUCAUGAGCAUUGUGAUCAUCGGCAAAGCCACCUGACGCUUGGCGAGAUGGGACUGUCCGUUUUCGUACAUUUCUGUUCCGGUUUAGAUUAAAAAGGAAUACGUGGAAUACUCUU